UCCGCCCCCCCUUCCCAACACCUUUUUUUGCUCCGGGAGUCUUAUUAAUUUCUCUGUGGGGCUGCAGCUGGAGACCGCGGAGCGUUGGAAAUGACGCUCGGAGCUUUAAUUACCGCAGCCGCCGGACAAGUGUGAGGAAAGCUGACAGAAAAAAGGACAGAAUCGGGGGAGAAGCAAGCAGCUUUCCCCCCUCCUCUUCCCUCCCAAUUUGGACUGGAGGUGCAAGGAAACUGAAAAGGGAGCCGAACAUAGCCCGUCCGGGGGGAGAGGCCGGAAACAUACCGCCUCUCUGCAAUCAACUUUUUUUGGAAACCUUUUUCUCCCUUCCUUUUUUUAUUGUUGAUCAACCAGGGAGAGAGAGAAAGUGAAGAGGGAGCGAGAAAGCAAAGGCUCCCACGAGGAAAUAGCUGCACUGUCCGGCCCGGGCGCACACACUCGAGCGCACUCCCACACGCGCGCACCCUCUCCGCUCCUCGGGUCCCCGGCCCGGGACCAGCGGGCGCGGACCGGGUCGCCGGCGCUCGGAGCCGCUGCACCGCGCGCGCUGCGCGCCGGUCCCCCUCGCGCCCCCACGCCCGCCGGGCUGAGGGCUCUCCUCCGCGUGCCCGAAAGGGGAUAUGCCAUUUGGACAUGUGAUUGUCAGCACGGGAUCUGAGACUUCCAAAAAAUGAAGCUGGCGACAGGACUGUGGGUCUGGGUGAGCCUUCUCCUGGCGGCGGAGACCGUCCAGCCCAGCGCUUCUCAAUCAGUGUGUGCAGGAACAGAGAAUAAGCUGAGCUCUCUCUCUGACCUGGAGCAGCAGUAUCGAGCCUUACGCAAAUACUAUGAGAACUGUGAGGUCGUCAUGGGCAACCUGGAGAUCACCAGCAUUGAGCACAACCGGGACCUCUCCUUUCUGCGGUCUAUUCGAGAAGUCACAGGCUACGUGUUAGUGGCUCUUAAUCAGUUUCGUUACCUUCCUCUGGAGAAUUUACGCAUCAUCCGUGGGACAAAACUUUAUGAAGAUCGAUAUGCUUUGGCGAUAUUUUUAAACUACAGAAAAGAUGGGAAUUUUGGACUUCAAGAACUUGGGUUGAAGAAUCUGACAGAAAUCCUAAAUGGUGGAGUCUAUGUAGACCAGAACAAAUUUCUCUGUUACACAGACACAAUUCAUUGGCAAGAUAUUGUUCGGAAUCCAUGGCCUUCCAACUUGACUCUGGUGUCAACAAACGGUAGCUCAGGAUGUGGACGUUGCCAUAAGUCCUGUACUGGCCGAUGCUGGGGACCCACGGAAAAUCAUUGCCAGACUUUGACAAGGACAGUGUGUGCAGAGCAAUGUGAUGGCAGGUGCUAUGGACCCUACGUCAGUGACUGUUGUCAUCGAGAGUGUGCUGGAGGCUGCUCUGGACCUAAGGACACUGACUGCUUUGCUUGCAUGAAUUUCAAUGACAGUGGAUCAUGUGUUACUCAGUGUCCCCAAACUUUUGUCUACAAUCCAACCACCUUUCAACUGGAGCAUAACUUCAAUGCAAAAUACACAUAUGGAGCAUUUUGUGUCAAGAAAUGCCCACAUAACUUUGUGGUUGAUUCCAGUUCUUGUGUGCGGGCCUGUCCCAGUUCCAAGAUGGAAGUUGAAGAAAAUGGGAUUAAAAUGUGUAAACCUUGCACUGAUAUAUGCCCAAAAGCUUGUGAUGGUAUUGGUACAGGAUCAUUGACGUCAGCUCAGACUGUGGAUUCCAGUAACAUUGACAAAUUCAUAAACUGUACCAAAAUCAAUGGGAAUUUGAUCUUCCUUGUCACUGGUAUUCAUGGGGACCCUUAUAAUGCAAUAGAAGCCAUAGACCCAGAGAAACUGAAUGUCUUUCGGACAGUCCGCGAGAUAACAGGGUUUUUGAACAUACAAUCAUGGCCUCCAAACAUGACUGAUUUCAGUGUUUUUUCUAACCUGGUGACCAUUGGUGGAAGAGUACUCUAUAGUGGCCUCUCCUUGCUUAUCCUCAAGCAACAGGGCAUCACAUCUCUACAGUUCCAAUCCCUGAAGGAAAUCAGUGCAGGAAACAUCUAUAUUACUGACAACAGCAACCUGUGUUAUUAUCAUACCAUUAAUUGGACAACGCUCUUCAGCACUGUCAACCAAAGAAUAGUGAUCCGGGACAACAGGAAAGCUGAAAAUUGUACUGCUGAAGGAAUGGUGUGCAACCAUCUGUGCUCAAACGACGGCUGUUGGGGACCUGGGCCAGACCAGUGCCUGUCGUGCCGCCGGUUCAGCAGGGGAAGGACCUGCAUAGAGUCUUGUAACCUCUAUGAUGGUGAAUUUCGGGAGUUUGAGAACGGCUCCAUCUGUGUGGAGUGUGACCCCCAGUGUGAAAAGAUGGAAGAUGGCAUCCUCACAUGCCAUGGGCCGGGACCUGACAACUGUACCAAGUGCUCCCAUUUCAAGGAUGGCCCAAACUGUGUGGAAAAAUGUCCGGAUGGCUUGCAGGGGGCAAACAGUUUUAUUUUCAAGUAUGCGGAUCAGGAUCGGGAGUGCCGCCCAUGCCAUCCAAACUGCACCCAAGGGUGCAUAGGCUCAAGUAUUGAAGACUGCAUCGGCCUGAUGGAUAGGUGUAGCGGUCCCACUAGUCAUGACUGCAUUUACUACCCUUGGACGGGCCAUUCCACUUUACCACAACAUGCUAGGACCCCCCUAAUCGCAGCUGGAGUCAUUGGUGGGCUCUUCAUCCUGGUCAUCGUGGCUCUAACAUUUGCAGUUUAUGUUAGAAGAAAGAGUAUCAAGAAGAAAAGAGCCUUGAGAAGAUUCCUGGAAACAGAGUUGGUAGAACCCCUAACGCCCAGUGGCACAGCGCCCAACCAAGCUCAACUUCGGAUUUUGAAAGAAACUGAGCUCAAAAGAGUAAAAGUACUUGGUUCGGGUGCUUUUGGAACUGUUUAUAAAGGUAUUUGGGUGCCUGAAGGAGAAACAGUGAAGAUUCCUGUGGCUAUUAAGAUUCUUAAUGAAACAACUGGUCCCAAAGCUAAUGUGGAGUUCAUGGAUGAAGCUCUGAUCAUGGCAAGUAUGGACCAUCCACACUUAGUCCGGUUAUUGGGUGUGUGUCUGAGCCCAACCAUUCAGCUGGUGACACAGCUUAUGCCCCAUGGAUGCCUGUUGGAUUACGUCCAUGAACACAAAGAUAACAUUGGAUCGCAGCUGCUGCUCAACUGGUGUGUCCAGAUAGCUAAGGGAAUGAUGUACUUGGAAGAAAGACGGCUUGUUCAUCGGGAUUUGGCAGCCCGUAAUGUCUUAGUGAAAUCUCCAAAUCAUGUGAAAAUCACAGAUUUUGGACUAGCCAGACUCUUAGAAGGAGAUGAAAAGGAGUAUAAUGCUGAUGGAGGAAAGAUGCCAAUUAAAUGGAUGGCUCUGGAGUGUAUACACUAUAGGAAAUUCACCCAUCAGAGUGACGUUUGGAGUUAUGGAGUUACUAUAUGGGAACUGAUGACCUUUGGAGGAAAACCUUAUGAUGGAAUUCCAACCCGAGAAAUCCCCGACUUAUUAGAGAAAGGAGAACGUUUGCCGCAGCCUCCUAUCUGCACUAUUGACGUUUACAUGGUCAUGGUCAAAUGCUGGAUGAUUGAUGCUGACAGUAGACCUAAAUUUAAGGAACUGGCUGCUGAAUUUUCGAGGAUGGCUCGAGACCCUCAAAGAUAUCUAGUCAUUCAGGGUGAUGAUCGUAUGAAGCUUCCCAGUCCAAAUGACAGCAAGUUUUUUCAGAAUCUCUUGGACGAAGAGGAUUUAGAAGAUAUGAUGGAUGCUGAAGAAUACCUGGUCCCCCAGGCUUUCAAUAUCCCACCUCCCAUCUAUACUUCCAGAGCAAGAAUUGACUCAAAUAGGAGUGAAAUUGGACACAGCCCUCCUCCUGCCUACACCCCCAUGUCAGGAAACCAGUUUGUAUACCGAGACGGGGGUUUUGCUGCAGAACAAGGAGUGCCUGUGCCCUACAGAGCCACAACCAGCACCAUCCCAGAAGCUCCAGUGGCUCAGGGGGCUACAGCUGAGAUUUUUGAUGACUCCUGCUGUAAUGGCACUUUGCGCAAGCCAGUGGCGCCCCACAUCCAAGAAGACAGCAGCACCCAGAGGUACAGCGCUGACCCCACGGUGUUUGCCCCAGAACGGAGCCCAAGAGGAGAGCUGGACGAAGAAGGGUACAUGACCCCUAUGCGAGACAAACCCAAACAAGAAUACCUGAAUCCUGUGGAGGAGAACCCUUUUGUUUCUCGGAGAAAAAACGGAGACCUGCAAGCUUUGGAUAAUCCCGAAUAUCACAAUGCUUCCGGUGGUCCACCCAAGGCAGAGGAUGAAUAUGUGAAUGAGCCCCUGUACCUCAACACCUUCGCCAGCGCCUUGGGGAACGCCGAGUACCUGAAGAACAGCGUACUGUCUGUGCCCGAGAAGGCCAAGAAGGCAUUCGACAACCCCGACUACUGGAACCACAGCCUCCCACCGCGGAGCACCAUGCAGCACCCAGACUACCUGCAGGAGUACAGCACAAAAUAUUUUUAUAAACAAAAUGGGCGGAUCCGGCCUAUAGUGGCAGAGAAUCCUGAAUACCUCUCUGAGUUCUCGCUGAAACCAGGCACUGUGCUGCCUCCUCCACCCUACAGACACCGAAAUACUGUGGUGUGAGCUCCGCCGUGGCUUUCAGAGGGAGCCACGCCCGCUCCAAUGCCCCCGCCGCCUCUCUUUCUCUUAAAGUCUUCCUUCUACUCCCAAGGCCAGUAGUUUUGACGCUUCCCAGUGGAAGAUACAGAGACGCAAUGAUAGUUACGUACUUAUCUAACUUGAACCUUAGAAGGAAGGACUGAAAGAGAAAGAUAGGAGGAACCACACUGUUUCUUCAUUUCCCCGUAUGGAUUAGUCAGGAGAUAAACAGCUAGAGAAGGACCAGUGAACACAAGGCAAUACUGCCUGCCGCCAAACUAAUUCUCAACUUUUUAUUAUUAUUAUUUUUUAAGGCAAAUGCUUAAAAGACCCAUGCUAUCUGUUCCUAUCUGCAGGAACUGAUGUGUACAUUUUCAGCAUCUCUGAAAUCCUAAUACAAUUUUUAUUAGAACAAAAGGAUAACCUUUUCGAUAACAUACGAUAGUAACUGAGAUUGAGAAUCUGAUUUCUUUCUCUAGCACUUUCUGUCCUGACAGGCAAGAGUGGCCAGUUCAGCUUUUAUAAUUUUUGAAUCUCUGUCAAAAUUAUAACCAGUAAUUAUGUUUGGAAGGCUUUUUUUGUUUUUGUUUUGUAUUGUUUUGCUUUGAUCUGUCAUUUCAUAUUAUUUUCUCCCCUGUUUUUGCCUUGAAUUUCUAAUUGUAAAUAUUUUUACAUCAAGUCUUCUGUGUUGUCCUGUACUGACAAAAUUAUAAAAUACAUAUUUUAAUAUGGUGAAAUGGCCACCAUUUUAAGUGCCCAGCCUUUAAAAUUAGAACUGGAGGCCAAGAUAUUAGUCAGAUGUUGCAUCAAAUCUAACUUUCAUGUUUUACACUAUUAAAUAUAUAGCCCUCCAAUCCUGUAUGUUCUUGAACAUUUUCUUGUCCUCCAUCAGUAACAGAGCUUGAUAGGCAGUUGGUGAUGUUAAGCAUAGAAGGGAAACUAAGAGACAGUACUGUGUGGUUCAUGAAACUACUGACACUUUCAGGGGGAAACCCAUUGAACUGGAAGAAACACACUGGAUUGGGUAUGUCUACCUGGCAGAUACUCAGAAAUGUAGUUUGCACUUAUGCUAUAAUUUUAUUUGUUCUCUUUCUGAACUCCAUUUUGGAUUUUGAAUGAAGCAAUAUAGAAGCAACCAGCAAAAUAACUAAUUUAAGUACAUUUUUUUUUAAAAAAAGAGCUAAGAUAAAGACAGACUGUGGACAUGCCAAACCAAGCAAAUUAGAACUUUGGAACGGUAUCCAAGGAUGAUGGUGAGAGGUCCAGCACAUUGUCCACGUGUGACAUCACAUUUGUUACAAGAGGAGGGUUGUCCAGUUUGCAUCUUCCCUAUGAAGGAAUGCAAGUAAGGAUUGGCUUGAAUUCCAUGGAAUUUCUAGUAUGAGACUCUAUUUAUAUUAAGAGGAAGGUAACUUUGCACAUAAAUUGGUAUAAUAAAAAUGAAAUACACAAACAUUUGCAACUUAUAGAUAGGUCCUUGAGUCAAAAGUUGUAAAUAAACAUGAAAAAUCUUCUCAUGUAAUUAUUUUAAUACCUAACAUAUUAAUCUUUUGAUACUUUAUAUAACUUUUUCUUCAAACACAGCAUCUUUGUUCUAGAACCCUCUUUAUUAUGUAUCAUUUUAAAAGUGUAUAUAGUUAAGAUGAGCAAUGGGAACAAACAGUAAGAAUGAGUCUCCAGGAAAAGGGAGCCUAAGGUCAGUAAUUAGGAAAAUUGGAUGUAUGUCUCUUUCCUAGGAAAAUGAGCCUGAAGUCAUUUGGAUUUAAAAAAAAUAUUUAUUUCUAAUGUUAAAAUAUUGAGGUUAAAUUCAAGUUUAUUGCCUAAAAGAACACAAUUAGACUAAAAAUCUCCACUGGCAAAGCAGAGAAUUUAAAGAAAAGACAUGCAAAGAAAUCUGUUUCUGCCUAUUUUGAAAAAGUAAAUCCAUUCAUCAAUUCUCUUUAUAUUUUCAACCAUUAUUUAUUUAGAGUCUACUAAAAGCACUGUGUUAUGUGGGGAACACCCAGAUAAAUGCAAUAUUACCCCUAACUUAAAGAUUUUACAGUCUCAAUUUAUUUGGGAUGACAUUUGAAUCUCUCCAUAAUUUUAUGAGCAGUCGUCAUAAAACCAGCUGUUUGUUAAAAGAUCUCCAGUGAACUCAUUUAGGACAUGAAUCGAACAUCGUACAAGCUACUGAGGUUGACAAAUCAGAUAGUUCCAAUGUUACCAUAAAAACAUACUGUUCUAGGAUAUUACAUCACUGGCUAGUGGCUGAUCUGGAUUCUAACUUGACCAUUAAAUCAACAGCAGAUGUUAGUCUCUGGCCAAGAAUCUUGGAGGUGUUGCGAUUAGUUUCUUCCCAAAUUAUCAGAAGUGAGGUAAACUGAAAGAAUGAGGUGGAGUGAGGGAGGGGCUUGUAAGAUCCCUUGUAGUGACGUUCAACCAUGAACUUUCCAUGGUUGAAGACACAGAAUGAUUCAGGGGCCACAGCUUAACAGCUCACAGCAGUCCCAUCCAUUCAGCAAAGCCUCCAGAAAAAGUAGACCUCACAUAAGUAUUUAUGACAAUUUGGAUAAGAGCCUUUUUUUCUAGAUAAAUCUGUACCAACUCAUCACUGAGAGCACCCUUGUUAGAUACUAGAAUUUUAUUUUUUUCUUUUGAUUUACAAUAUUCAGAUGGUUUCUACGGGGAUAUUCCAAGCAGAAUCACUUAUUUUGGUAAAGGAAAGAAAAAUUAUUUACUGUUAAGGUCACAAAUGUAUCCACUAAAUAUAAUCUUCUAAUUCAUCCUCAGUACAUGAGCUCCUUAUACAACAGGUUACCUACUACUAAUCACUGGAGAUAGAAGCAAAUAUAAUCUGCAAUGACCCAAAAUGCUUCACAGAACUCCACUUUAUUGUUCCUUUUGAAUUAUUUCUGUAGUACAAACUUGAUUUCCAUUGUUCUAGGGUUUCUCUUUUGUUUUACUUUUCUCCCCUUAGGAAAACAUAUCAGAGUAUAUGAAAGGGAGGGAAAAAAAACAACUUCCAUUUGUUCAAAAGAAUAAUUUAUUUAAGCCGGUAAAGUGAAAUUUAAAAAUACCAAUUAAUGCCUGAAAAGGGCAUUGGAAUAUCAGAUUCCAGAGGCUUGUUGUAUCAGUGCAAAUAUGUAGAACCAGUUGAGUAAAUCUGAGGAAAAUUAAGAGUGAAAUUAUACAGAUUGUAUUUUUUAAAUCACCAAAUUUUGUUGCUUUCACCUAUCUUGAGGAAUCCUAUUUUCAGGUAAGGAAAAACUGUAAAACAAAAUUGUUGCUAAAGAAGUAGUUCUUAGGUGAGAAAAGAUGUCCUCUAAACCAGGGUAGACUCAGAGUCAUAAAGCAUCCUGCACCACAAAGAGGUUCUUGGACUACGGAGUAACAAGUGGUUUUCUGGAUAUUAGGUUAGGAUAAGAGUUAGGAUUAGGUUAGGAUAAGAGUUCUUUCUUGAGUAGUAUUCUUAAAUUAGAAUAAAAAAACAAUGCAAGAAUCAAAUUCUAUGUAAACAGGAACUAAAAAUAGAUUCUUUCCUAGUAGAUCUAGGAGAAUGGCUGAAUACCUGUCCAUUGAGAUAAAGAGCCGAGAGAGUGUUCUAAGUGUUACAGUGUGUAACGCUUUCUAAAAGCAGGUCAUGGCUUGAAGAUCAUGCAUGUUCCGAAACCCAAGACAAGUAAAGGGACUGUGAGGCUCUACUGCUACAGGAAGUCACAGGGGCUACCAAUGUGCUUUCUGAAGUAUCAAAAGGAAAAAAGGAAAAUAAAAUUAAGCCCGACAGGGAAGGAUGUAAAUACAUGUUUUUCUAGAGCUAUCUAAACUUUAUUUCAAAACUUGAAUUAUUCAUCCAUCUAUAAAUGUUGAUUAUUUAACUAGUAUAUGUAGUUCAUAAGGUAAUAGAAAAGUUGAUCAUGAAAGCAUGUAUAUAACUGGGCAGAACCUUGAUUAAUGCUAUAAGAUGUAGAUUUAGUUAGGUUAUCAGAUGUUAAAUGAUUUUGAUAUUAUUAAAUCAAGCUAGAAAACUAACCACAAAACAUAAUGUAACAUGAUAAAGUGAAAGAUUUGAAGCUGUAGGAAGGAUUUUGCAUAGUAAAAAAUAAGUUUGCCAUUUAAAAUUGUUAUUUGUUAGUUUUAGCUUAAAGUAGGACUAUAAAGAGCUGGUUCCAUUUGGGAAAACUUGCUUUAAAACAUUACAAUUAAGGUUGUUUUUUUUUCUCAUUCUCUUAAUCCUUUACCAUUUUUUAAAUGUAUUAAGUAUAAAGAGGAGUUUUUAAAAAUUUGUUUUGCCAACACCACCUUGUAAAGUUUAAUGGGCAAUAGGUUACAUAUGACUUUAAGCAAGAUGUCUUCAAAAUGCAGUCAAGGAAAUGUCAGUGUUCUAUUACCUUAUGCAGAGACAAAGAAUGAGUGGUGCCAUUUAGUAAACAAACAAAAUACAUUUGUAACACAUCUUUUUCCCACAAUACCCUCCCAUCUCCAAGAACAAAAACUGGGAAUUAGUUGACAAUAUUCUCAUAAAUAAAUGCUAACCUAAGCAUUUCAAACGGCUUUAUUUCUAUUAUUUUGUUCUCUGGUCAUUAGACUGAUGAUUUUUAAUGGGGAAUAAGAGCUUCUAUUUAUUAAAAAGCCAGAUAAACUAACUUCUACUGUAUACGCUAUGGUCAGAGACUUCUGCUGUACCUCUGUGUAUAUGGACUUUGCAGGACAGCUUUAGUGCCCAGGUAGAAACGUACAGGCAGACUCAUGUCUCCUGAUCACUAUUUGCUUAAGAACAUUAUGCAGAGAGUAGAUUAAGUGUAACUUAAAAAUAACUGUAUCAGGGGAGACCAUGAUAUUAUUGAUACUACAAAGGGGCCAGAUGUAUACUUCUGGGUAGAAUUAAUUUUCUAGUCCUAGAGAUGCCUCUGCAAGAGUAGUUCUCUUCCACAGUUGCAAACAUGAAGCUAUUGAGAGCACAGUGUGGGGUCCUAAACCCGUGUGUUUAUGAGCCAAGGGCUUUUAACACCCGGGGCUGCUCUGUUCUUCUCAUUAAAAAGAAAAGUCUCUAUAAAAUAGCAGAAAUUUCAGACACCCUGGUUAAGUCUCACUGAUUUAGUAGAGGCGCAACAAUGUAGGAUGGGUCACUUUUCCCUCACCUCUUCCUGACCAGGUGAAAUUUUAGGCAGAAGGAAAUACUUCUCGAGUUGUGAGCUAAAAAGACUCUAAGCUCCAGUUUCAUGGGGGGAUUCACAUGCUCCCCCUGGAAAACACUUCUUGACAGCUUUACAAGUGAUUAUCUUUUUAGGUAUCACAGAAAAAUUCAUUUCUCUCUGGACGUUAGAGAAAAAUACCAUCUUUACUUCUUUUCCUAUUGGCAUAACCAUCUCUCUCCUCUUUUCCACCGACUUAGUUCUUUUUCUACCCUUCUACCAUCCUCGUUAAAAGUGGCCCUCUUGAUGCCGUACCUGUCCUAAGCCAUAGUGCAUCGCUGAGGUCCCACACCCUGCUUUGUGAAAUACUGACUUAGCCUCUGCCCUCAAAUGCCUUAUUUUUCCAUAAAAGAUUUUAACAAUUUGAACAUUGUUUAAAUUAUUUUAUCAGUAAAUUACUACACAGAGUAUACUUUAUGGUAUUCAAAUUAUGUUUUCCCAUGAAGAUCAAUUCUCUUACUGUGUCCUUCUCUGUAGGAAUUUGAGUCGAGUUAGCUGUGUGAUGAAUUCUGGAAGUCACAUAUGUGCACAUACACUUAGUAGGUCUUAGAUUUAAUCCUUCCAUAAAAACCUUACAUAUAAGGAGAAGUUAGUCUUGCCAGCAGAUUAAUUUAUUUACAUAUUUAUCUUAUUUUAUUCUUGAAUGCAAAUAUCUUACAGCUGCUGUAAUCUUUUUUUUCACAAGAGUCUUAUUAUCUUAAAGGUAAAGGCUAUUCAGCUUUGAGAGCCACCUGUAAUUCUUGGAUCAUUCAUCUAUCUGACAGAUAAUAUAAUGAGGGAAGUUUCACUACCAUGAAAAUCCAUGUUGUCUAAUAUGUUGCCACUUUUGUCUCUGCCUUUGCUGUUUAAGGGCAUUUUUUUUCAAGGCUGUAAUGAGUUUUACCCAUAUCAUGAGAAGUGGUUAUAUAUGCACAAAUAUACAAAUAUAGUUUCAUACCUGUGGGCAAUAGUCUAACUUGCCCAAACCACAUUGUCUUUUUUGCUAUUUUUAUCCCUGAUGUGCAGAUGUUUCUCCCAGGCCUGUAGCCCUUUUGAAGGAAAGCAAAUCACACCUCCAAAUACAUGACAUAACCUGGUUCUCAAUAUCAUUUACAGAUUCUUCAGUUAAUGGGGGGGGAGGCGGUUGUACUUUUUCCCUAAAAUGAGAGUGAUUUUCCUGUAUAUUUCUGGAUCUCUCAGGGGCUGGGAGGGAGGAGUGAGGGGACUACACCAUCGCACUCCAAGAACCCUUUUGGGAUUACUCCAGUAAUCAACUACGAAAGUUAUUUUCUUAAUGUAGAUAUGUAGGCUGUUCUUUUAAAGUAAGGUACUUUGAACUAUGUAGCAUAAAUUGGUACUGCUGUUAAAUGGGUCGAUUAUUAAACUGAGCAGCUGUGUGAGGGCAGCUAACUUUGAAGGCACACCUCUCUGGCUGGUGUGUCUACAUCUCACACUGUGUGCUCCAGGGACUUGCAAUGCUGCCUGCUGAGACUGCAUUUUCACAUGGUGUAACUAGUUGCUCUCUUUCUUGGGCACUUCUAACAAGAUCAAAUGAAAAUGAGAUCAAUCUGCAAGACAAUUCAUAGCACAAAAAAUUAAGCUACAUUCGAUCUUCUCUCAAACCCUCAUCUCAUGCACACAUCAAAGCAGUUGACUAAGAUCAAUUCAGGUGACAAAGGGAGACACUUUACGAAAAAAGCAGAGGCUUACGGUAUUAUAUACAUUUGUAUUCAUUUCCUUGUGUUCUUAACUUGUAAACAGAAAACAAGUCCUCUCUCUUACAAGUAUCUUCAAAGGACAGGGGUACAAACAUAUGUAGCUGGUAAGCCAUUGAUGUUUCAUUUAAAUCCUAGUGUUCAAAGUUAGCUGCCUUUUUUAAAUAAACAAACAAAAAAUACUACUGUAUGUUUGAAAAUGUGAAUAGUAUUUUUAUAGCUUGUUCAAGACAUGGCUAGUUGCAUUUGUAAAUAAGGGUAAUGUUGCUUUGAUUUUCUUUUGUGGACAUCUUUAUUUGGAACAUAAUUGUCUUUAGGUUGAUUUGUAUAUAAGUAAUUGACUUGUGAUUGUUGCUUUUCAGUUGGAAGUUAUCAUUUGACAUUACUUGUGAUUCUGUGUUCAGCACUAUUGUGACGUGUUCAACCUCUGCACUCGCUUACACAAUAGGAUAUGCCAAUUGUGUGUGGUGUAAUGUUCUUUUGAUUUUUUUUCUAUUUUAUCUAUGAAGGAUUAUGCACUUAACACAUACUAACUUUUUUAAUGUUAGGUAUAUUUUUAGUAUAAUUUCCCUUAUUUCUUCUCCUCCAACCCUUCACCCCAUUCCCUUUCCUUCCCCCAGUUUCUGCUGUUAUUUGAGAAUGAGGGACAAAUGGUAUUUUAAAUUUCUGUAAUUAGACUUUUCAGUUAGUUCUCAAGGAUCCUCUUUUGGCCCUUGGGAAAGAAUUGUACCUGUAAAGGCAAUUAUAGAAUGCGACCUGCUUUGCCUCAUUCCAUACUAAUCAUCCCAGCUGAACAAUUUGAAAACUGUUCUGCCUUUUUGUUACAUGAAUCUGUCAGAAAUAUAUUUUUAAUUUAAUAUAAAUGAAAUUCAAUAAAAUAUGA